CCGCUGUUUCUAACAGAUGUGCAAACCUGAGUGCUUCUCUCCCCGUGUUGUUACGAAGAUCAUCAGUACCCGGCGGAAUUGUUUCUUCAGAGUAGCAAAACCUCGCGCUGACAUUUUAUUCUCUACAUACAUUUUGUUAAUCUGCAAGCUUACUGAAGGAUGUCAGAACUCAGUGAUGAAGCGAGCGAGUCGGAGCAGCUGGGCUCAAGUCUGUCUGUGUGGCUGGCCGACAGUGGGAGUGGCCAGGAAGAGCUCAAUGUGCCACUGGACCUCCAUACGGCCUGCUCCAUUGGCCAGUAUGACGUGGUAGCUGAGUGCAUUCGCAGCGGCAACGUAGACGUGGAUGGAAGGAACCUUGGUGGUUGGACACCUCUCAUGUAUGCGGCAUAUAUCGGUCACGACAACAUCGUUAACCUGCUCCUGGAAUCUGGGGUUAGCGUCAAUGCUAGCACUGCUAAAGGCCUAACCCCAUUAAUGCUAGCUGCUAGCUGUGGAAAUGAAAGCAUUGCUUACUUCCUCCUUCAGCAAGGGGCAGAGUUAGAGUGUAAGGACAGACGCAGCUGGACAGCUCUUCUGCACAGCACAAGCACUGGACAUCAACAGAUGGUCAAAUUUCUCCUGGACAACAACGCAAAUGCCAACAUCAAAGAGCCUUUGCUUGGGUUCACCCCACUAAUGGAGGCUGCAGCAUCAGGCCACGAGAUCAUUGUCCAGUACCUUCUUGACCAUGGUGCACGAGCCGAGGAGAAGAACUUUAAAGGUGAGACGGCGAGAGUAUUAGCCAUGAUGUACGGACACACAAAGAUCGCGAGCCUCAUCGACAUGCACUGCCUGAGAGCAAAAACAGGUGUGUAUGAGGAGUUGAGCUCGUCAGAGGAAGAGGCAGCUCCAAGAACCAGGCCAAGCCGCAGCAGAGCCAGAGGCCCGAGCAUACACGACGGCCCACAGGCCAUAGCUCGCUUUAGAGUCACCCCCAAACAUGAGCCAACACCGGCUCCACCCGGCUACGUGACAUUCGGUGACGUGGGUGAACAGAACGAGGGCAUUUGCAACCGUGAUGUCACUUCCCCCAUUAACGAACUGGAUGGCCAGAGCAACAGCAGUCGAGAUGAGCUGUUCUUCGAUAAUGACAUGCCCACAAUACGGAGCAGCAGCAGCAGCAGUGAGGGUCUGCCCCGCCUCCUCGGCCUCAGCAGGGAAGCGUCGCUAGAGAGCAAUGAGGACUCAGACCAGGCAAAGAGGAGCUGUCCCAGACGCCCCAACAAGCCUCAUCACUCCAAGGGCAAAAGUCGUCAUAGUAACAGUGACUCUGCAGGAAAUUAUGGGAACCCAGCUCCAUCUGGACCUCCUCCUACUUACACUGGUCCCAAGGACCUGGCGGAGUUCCUGGAGCAGAUAGGCUUUAGCAAGUACCUCCCUUUGCUAGAGGAGCAGGAUAUUGACCUGAGAAUCUUCCUCACGCUGACCGAGAACGAUCUCAAAGAAGUGGGCAUCACAUUGUUUGGCCCCAAGAGGAAGAUGACAUCAGCAAUAGCCCGCUGGCAUAGUAACGCCCGACCACCAAGUGAUGCAUUAGAGCAGGCAUACGCUGACAAACUUGAAGCUGAGAUGCAGGAGAUGGCUAUUCAGCUCCAUAAGCGCUGUGUCGAGGUAGAGUCUCUACAGGGCCAAGUCUCUCAGGAGAAGGAGCUCCGCACAGUGAUGGAGGGCUGCCUGAUGGAGGAGAAGAUGGCAUGGAGGGGUGUGCAGGCAGAGCUACGUGAGAGCAUCAAGCAAAUCCAGGCUCUGAACAGCACAAUGCACACACUGCGAAACACACACACGCAACUCACACAGGCUCUGGAGAAAGAUGGCAGUUCUGUGUACUCUGAGAUGCUCUCUAAGAUGGAGUCAUGUGAGGAGAAGCUAGCUGACAGCAUGAAAUCACUCUGCCAGAGUCUACAGCAUCUCUGUGCUCCAGAGAAAAGCUCCAACAGCUGGCAAGGAGAAUCCUAGCACCUGCAUCAACUGCAGAGUUUGACUGACGGAGGGUGAACACACCACCCUGAACACAUGAACACGCCGAACUGCCUGAGCUGGCCAAAGAGGGAGAAAAAGACAGAGAGAGAUGGACAGAGAUGGAAAGAGAGAAAGUUUUUUUUUUGGAAAAUGAGCAGUCAGAGAAAGAACAAGGGAUAAUGCUGAAUAAAGGUACGAAAGGCAAUCGACAAGCAGGGGAGCAGCCGAAGCUCCGCCCACACCUGUGCUCCAGUCAGACCCGACUGUGCAUCAUGGGAAUAAAGCCGAAGACAAUCUAUUUCUAACUGUGGGGAGGAUGAACCCCGCACAUGAUAGAAGUGCGGACUCAAUUGCACAACUCUAUGCAAUGCUGGACUACAAAUCGAACCUCUGAGAAUAUGUAACGAGCAGGCCACGGCCGUGAUAUUUCCUAUUUACUUGACAUAUAUAUAUAUAUAUAUAUAUAUAUAUAUAUAUAUAUAUAUAUAUAUAUAUAUAUAUUUUAAGUACACACCCAUGAGUGCCAAAAGUUUUGGGACGUCUGCCUUUACAUGCACAUGAAUGUAAUAUGGAGUUGUUCCGCCCUUUGCAGCUAUAACAGCUUCAACUCUUCUGGAAAGGCUUUCCACAAGGUUUAUGGGAAUUUUUGACCGUUCCUCUAGAAGCACAUUUGUGAGGUCAGACACUGAUGUUGGACGAGAAGGCCUGACUCACAAUCUCCGCGGUCAUCCCCAAACUGUUCCCACAAAGUUGUGAGCAUGAAAUUGUCCAAAAUGUCUUGGUAUGAAGCUGAAGAGUUCCUUUCGCUGGAACUAAGGGGCCGAGUCCAACCCCUGAAUUUAAUGAUUUGAUUAAGGGUGUCCCAAAACUUUUGGCAAUAUAGUGUAUGCCAUAAACUGUAAAAUUAAAAUGAUAGUAUCAAACUAUUUGUGAUUUUGAUGUAUUUUUGUUUCAUGUUGCAGUAUCAGAGGUGCCGGUGACAUUGCUAAUAAAUGAUAAAACAUUAAUUUAGCUCAGAUUUCCCAGCCAGUUGAGUGUUAGAUGUAACGUGAUGUAACAAUUCAUUUUUGAAUAUAAUACAGUAAGAAUUUUGAUGUUCAAGUGCCCAGUUAAGGCCAUAGUAUAUCCUACUGUGGAAACCUGGCUAUCACAUCCAUAUAUGUCUUUAACAGUAUGCUCUGAGACAUACAGAAUGGAAAUGUUAACCAUGUUCCUCACUACAGAUGCAAAACUGCUGGCUCACAAGGCCAGGGUUUGCAAACCGAUGGCUAGAUGUUCACCUGAUAAAAGUAAAAGUAGCUGAAAAUAUGUCCUGCGUCCAUUCCCCUUUCUGUGAAUUGAAUGAAAAAGCCUGAUUUGGAAUCAAAACGCAUCACAAAAACAAUAAACUCUGGCAUCUCUGUAGUGCUGAAGAAUUUCUUCUAGUAUCUGUGUAGUACUGAUGAAGCCAGAAACAUACUCCAACACUGAGCUCUGCAAGAUCUUCAAGAUUUCCAACAUCGAAACUGUUUCAAUGGAAUUUGUAAUUCUAGACAAGUGGGAUUUGGUACAUAAAGAGUCUUUUCUUUGACUCAGCUGUUUAAAAUGAUCUACCAGAACCUAAUUUGUUCAGGACCUGAGAGACAGACCUUCUCCCUUUCCCCACAUUCGCUUGCAGAAGCUACAGCACACCCUGCUGAGCCUUUUCUCCACCAUAAAGCAGCACAGUUUUGGCAACAGAAAACCUGAAGCUACACUUUUCUAAUCACUUUACAUCAAAAGCACAAAAACUGGUCCUCGGGGGUGGGGCUAGUGCUAGUGUUCGCUGCUGAUUGAGUUUUGUCCAUUUCUAAACCAGCACUAUGAUGAAAUCAAUCAUGUCUGAGAUUAUAUAAAGCGUGCCUUUUGGAGGAUUGCUUUGUGUUUAUUCAUCAAGCUUAGACGGAAAUCGUUCUUCAUUCAAGAAAUGUCGUAUUCACAAAGACAGAUCGUAUUAGCUAUUCAAUUUGGACCAAAAUAAAUAAAUAAAGUGAGGAAGUUUUAGUAUAUGCCUUUGUUAGCCAAUUCGCUGCAGUAGAUGAGCUGCAUCAGUGGAAGAUUAACAACACGCUGAAAUCGAGAUGCUCUUUUGCCAAUUAUUCACCAAUUUUGUUGCUUUUUGUGUUUUAUGGGCAUUACUUAAAAUGAAGAUGCCACAAAACACGCAUGGUUAUUUCCAUGCUAUUGGUAAUUAACAGCAUAUUCACCCGAGUUCGUUUGUCUCAUGUCUAUUUCAUAUACUUUCAUGAAAGAGUAUGCUUCAGGCGUGACAUGUUCCAGUGUGGAUUCCUCCACUUGGAGAAGAAAUGAUUACACUAUAUUGCCAAAAGUUUUGGGAUGUCUGCCUUUCCAUGCACAUGAAUGUAAUAUGGAGUUGACCCGCCCUUUUCAGCUAUAACAGCUUCAACUCUUCUGGGAAGGCUUUCCACAAGGUUUAGGAGUGUGUUUAUGACCAUUCCUCUAGAAGCGUAUUUGUGAGGUCAGGCACUGAUGUUGGACGAGAAGGCCUGGCUCAGAGUCUCCAUUCUAAUUCAUCACAAAGAUGUUCUAUGGGGUUGAGGUCAGGAGGUCAUCAAUGUCUUUAUGGACCUUGCUUUGUGCACUGGUGUGCAGUCAUGUUGGAACAGGAAGGGGUCAUCCCCAAACUGUUCCCACAAAGUUGGGAGCAUGAAAUUGUCCAAAAUGUCUUGGUAUAAAGCUGAAGCAUUAAGAGUUCCUUUCACUGGAACUAAGGGGCCGAGCCCAACCCCUGAAAAACAACACCUGAAUUCAAUGGUCUGGAGGGGUGUCCAAAAAUUUUUGACAAUAUAGUUUAUAUCCCUUUACACACAAGCUAACUGACAUCUGUUAGCCAUCACACUCAGAUCAGAACUGAUUCUCUAGGACUUAAUGUGAUAUAAUUGUGGUAUAAUUUAGA